GGCACCAAAAUCCCUAAAUCCUUCUCUGUGUCCCAAAAUCCCUAAAUUCUUCUCUCAUCCUUCUCUAUGUUCCCCAAGCCGCCGCCGCUCCAGCCCUACCACCACUGUCACUCCCAUUGUCGCCAAUCGCAUCACUUGUAUAAGGUAGUGGCAGCGUGGGCCAUGGCAAGGGAGUCAGCUUUUAGGGACAGAGUCGGUUUGGUGUACAAGCAGUCCCGUCAAUCCCUGUCAACUCUGAUGGUUGAGCUGCAUUACUAUAUAUAUAGUACCAGCUGUUAUUGGAUUUUUAGCAACUCAUUGCAUGUGGAAUGGUGUGAUGUCAAACAGAGAUCCAACUAGCUCCUUCAAUUCUAUCUCCUUUAACCCCAAAUCAAGGUAAGAAUAAAAUAACUAAUUUUCUAUUUACUUUAUUGUUAAAUAAACUUUAUAUGUGUCCAACUUGAUAAAAAUUCUAUCUUACAUUGCAUGUUUCUAUCCUUCCAACACAAUUACCACUAUGAUCGCAAUGCAAUUACCAUUGUGAUUGAUUUUAGGUUCAAAUGAAUGGUACGCAUAAUCAACUAAAGGGUUUGAGUGAAGAGAUUGAAGUAUAUUGUGGUGGUACUUGUAUCGUCACAUUUGAACAAGUUUUGUAAAAUCCACUUUUUUAAUUUAGAACUUUUAUUGAGAUACUAAUUAGAUGUUAAUUAUUUUUUAUAUUUUUGGAUGUGUCAUAUUGAUAUUUAUUUUUUGUGACAGAGAUUUAUUCAUCAUAUAUCAAUUCAUUUUGUCUGUAAUAUGAUUUUAGUAUUUUUAAUUUCAAAUUUUAGAUUAAUUGAUAGUGAGUAUAAUAUUUGUUAAAGAAAAAAAUUACAGGUUUAUACAAUUUGCUACAAAAAUAAUUGUCACUUAUUAGAUUGUGCAAUAUUGGGUGACGACUUGUUUUUGUCACCAAAUUAACAAGUUUAAUUUAUGAAUUUAUGAUAAUAAAACUUUGGCCACCAUCUAUACAUACAAUUUUGAGUGAUAUUUUGUUUU